AUGAGCUUUUUCGGCCAGCUGCCGGUGGAGUUAUGUCUGAGCAUAUUGCAGCAUUGUGAUCUCUCGUCGUUAUGGCAUCUCACAUUGGCAUCUCGCGAUGUUGCUGCCGUUUUUGACGAAUAUGCACUCGAGACCGUGGAGAAAGUGAUUGCAAACUCGAUACCAGAACAGACCCAGGCUCUUAUGCGCGCAGUGAUACGGACUCGCGCAGCUUGCGGUCCCGGUUUGGAGGCAGCACAGUCCAUUACGGCAAUCGACUCGGACCCACUGAGAAGGGAUGAGGUCGAGGACCGCAGUAUACCUCGUCGUUUCCUCUCACUGGCGCACCAUUUGCAUACCAUUAGCCAUGCAACUGCUGAAUAUUACAUUGAGCAAUCCUUGACUGUGCGUCCGUGGUCUUCCUUGCAGCUGGAUCUCAAGGCAGAUUGUCUCCGACAAAGGUUCGACAGGGCAAAGAAGUGCGAGUACCAUCCACUGAAAACCGGACCCCCAUCUUGGGUCGAGGAACAACGUAUCAUAAAGCAACUUUGGCGAAUACAAUUAUUCUUCGAACUCAACAAUGCUCAGCUACACCACCGGCUGGAAUGGCCACGGGAAGACCAGUAUCCUCUGGUGGACAUUGCGGAAUUCUUUACCAUUAGGGAUUUCGAGUUACAACAACUAUUUACCGUCUAUGACUUUUUGCACCACACUCCAGAACAGCGGCAAACCAUGAGCAAUUAUAGUAUUCCCGCUGCUGCGUCUGCCACGGUACUGCAAGCCAAUAUCGUCUGCAAGGGUCCGGUCCGGUCUGCAGCAAGGUGCGAUCACUAUCAGCAAGGACUCAGUCACCUGGACAGACCACCACUGUCCUAUAUAUUCCAAAGAUUGAUGUCUCGCGAUGGGCAGGGAGGGCCAAUACCGGGAUUACCUUUUGACCCUUAUCGCAAGUAUGGUUUUGCCAUCUGGGACGAUCAACGCAUGGCCGACUUGGGUUUUGCAGAAGCUCACGGCAGAGCGAUAUUGAACAGGUCACAUUAUUUCUACCGAUGGUAUAGUAUUUUGACAGAGGAGGAUAAGGCAUUGCAUUAG